GAACCGGGAGGUUGAACUUUCAGACCGGUCAUGUCGCCGAACCGACUCGGCUUCGUUCCGCUACCCGUUAUUCCCUGACUAUCCGGUCUCCGUGUUCGGAUUCUCAAGGGAUUGUUUUUUAUUUCUAUUCUUCUUAUACCCUCGUCUUCUCAUCUUCUCACUUCCAUUUUACUCCUGACUCUUUUGGCCUUUGAUUGAUUGACCUAUUCUCCCGAGAUCAGGACACAAGAUAUCCACAUAUAGGCUAUACCCUGUCGAUCAAGGGCCUAUUUCGUCAUUCACCCUCGGGCAAAAGGCAACGGUCCUCUUUUUUCCUCAGUUGAAGCGCGUUUCUUGCAACAAACAACAUAUCGAAUACUGCCAAAAUGGUGUUAAAAGGCGGCGAGGUUGCUGAGCACAACAGCGCAAAGUCGUGCUGGGUUAUCGUUCACGGUAAAGCAUAUGAUGUGACAGAAUUUCUGCCAGAACACCCUGGAGGUCAAAAGAUCAUCCUCAAAUACGCUGGUAAAGAUGCUACCGAAGAAUACGAACCAAUUCAUCCUCCCGACACCCUCGACAAGUAUCUUGAUGCCUCCAAGCAUCUCGGCCCUGUCGAUAUGGGCACCGUUCAGCAGGAGAAGAAGGAGGUAGACCCCGAGGAAGAGGAACGUCUGCAGCGCAUUGAGCAGAAGCCUCUUCUGUCGCAAUGCUAUAACCUCUUCGAUUUUGAGGCCGUCGCUCGACGCGUGAUGUCAAAGACUGCAUGGGGAUACUACUCCAGCGCUGCCGACGAUGAGAUUACAAUGCGAGAGAACCAUAGCGCAUUCCAUCGCAUCUGGUUUCGUCCUCAAAUUCUCGUCGACGUGGAAAAUAUCGACUUCUCAACUACCAUGCUCGGCACAAAAACAGACAUCCCCGUUUAUGUAACAGCCACAGCCCUCGGUAAACUUGGAAACCCAGAGGGUGAAGUCGUCCUCACCCGCGCCGCAGCAAAGCACAACAUCAUUCAGAUGAUCCCCACUCUUGCAUCAUGCUCCUUCGACGAGAUUGUGGACGCAAAAGCAGGCGAUCAGAUCCAGUGGCUGCAGCUCUACGUCAACAAGGACCGUGCCAUCACUAAGAAGAUCGUGCAACAUGCUGAGAAGCGUGGUUGCAAGGGCCUCUUCAUUACCGUUGAUGCGCCCCAGCUGGGACGUCGCGAGAAGGAUAUGAGAUCUAAGUUUACCGAUCCUGGUUCCCAUGUCCAAGAGGGCACAGAUACGGAUAACAGCCAAGGUGCUGCGCGCGCUAUCUCGACAUUCAUUGACCCUGCACUGAGCUGGAAGGACAUUGCGUGGUUCCAGAGUAUUACAUCCAUGCCUAUCAUCCUCAAGGGUGUCCAGCGCGUCGAAGAUGUCCUCAAGGCUAUUGACUACGGCUGCCAGGGCGUUGUUCUCUCCAACCACGGAGGUCGUCAGCUUGAGUUUGCCCGAUCCGCCAUUGAAGUCCUCGCUGAGACAAUGCCUGUUCUACGCGAGCGUGGUCUCGAGAACAAGAUUGAGAUUUUCAUCGAUGGCGGAAUCCGCCGUGGAACUGAUAUCCUCAAGGCUCUCUGCCUAGGUGCUCGUGGCGUUGGUAUCGGACGACCCUUCCUGUACGCCAUGAGUGCUUAUGGUGAGGCUGGUGUCGUACGGGCUAUGCAGCUGCUGAAGGAUGAGCUGGAAAUGAACAUGCGCCUCAUUGGUGCUAGCACUAUCGAGGAUUUGCAUCCCGGUAUGCUUGACCUGCGAAGUCUAUUCCAGCAUUCUGCUGUGCCAUCGGAUAACCUUUCAUCUACUGUGUAUGAUCCUUUGUCUGUGCCUGCUCAGAGACCCAAGGCUGGACCCAAGCAGGACGCCCCCAAAGCGAAACUCUAGGCGAGCUGUGUUUGACAAGACUUGUCUUUUGGAUAUUUGUCGUGACCUUAGAUGUAGAGAGGUUUAGAUACACGAGUUCUUUAUAGCGUCGAACUGUUUAUAAAAUUUAGGAUAAAUUUAACAUCGCUAUGCAACCAAUGCUAAUUUG